AUGUAUGGCCGGUAUAGCCGGCAAUUAGGAGAAUUUGCAAAAUUUGAAGGAUUGAAAGCACAAGAGAAACGGAGACUAAAAGAGGAAAAAGCUCGGAAAAAAGAACUCAGAGGAUAUCAUGGUAAAUUAGUGAGAUCCAUAGCUUUUUUAUGGAAGCACACUUUUGCAAGAUUGGGCGAGGACUGGGUCUUUCUGGCCCUUCUAGGUGUAAUUAUGGCCAUUUUGAGUUUCAUAUUGGACCGAGGAGUGGCGAUGUGCAAUAAUGCUAGGUUAUGGUUAUACAGGGACCUCACACAACACCCCGCAUCGCAAUUUGCAGCAUGGAGUUUACUUCCAGUUUGCUUAGUUUUAUUCAGCGCAGGAUUUGUCCAAUUGGUAGCCCCUCAAGCGAUAGGUUCAGGUAUACCAGAAAUGAAAACGAUUCUCAGAGGUGUAGCCCUGAAGGAAUAUCUAACAUUCCGAACCCUUGUAGCAAAAUUCGUAGGAUUGGCCGCUGUUUUAGGUAGUGGAAUGCCCUUAGGUAAAGAAGGACCAUUCGUCCAUAUAGCUAGUAUUUCCGCAACGUUGCUCAGUAAACUAGUCACAGGAUUCCAAGGAAUAUAUGAAAAUGAAAGCAGAACUACAGAAAUGUUGGCUGCGGCGUGCGCAGCUGGAGUGGCAAGUUGUUUUGCAGCACCUGUAGGAGGUGUAUUAUUUAGUAUAGAAGUAACUACUACUUAUUUCGCUGUUCGUAAUUAUUGGAGAGGUUUUUUUGCUGCUGUGUGUGGAGCCACCACGUUUCGUCUAUUGGCGGUAUGGUUCCAGAAAGCUGAUACAGUCACUGCAGUAUUCAGAACCAACUUUUUCAUGGAUUUCCCAUUUGAUCCUCAAGAAUUAUUUGUUUUCGCACUAAUUGGGGCUUUUUGUGGACUAGGAGGAGCUUUCUACGUAUGGGUACAUCGACAGUAUGUGAUAUUUAUGAGAAACAGUAAGACUCUCAACAAUUUUCUAAAAAAGAAUCGUUUCCUUUACCCUGGUAUCGUAUCACUUUGGGUCGCUAGUCUAUCGUUUCCAUUGGGUUCUGGUCAAUUUCUUGCAGGUGACCUGAAUACACAUGAACAGGUUUCAGCCCUCUUCAGUAAUUUUACAUGGACCCGUGCCAACCUAACCGUUGCCCAGGAUCGUAUAUUGGCCCACUGGAGGACACCUUGGACUGGAGUUAUAGUCACUUUAGUUUGUCAUAUAUUAUUCAAUUUUGUCACCUCUAUUGUUUGCUCAACUUUGCCAGUACCCAGUGGAAUUUUCAUACCAGUUUUUAAAAUUGGAGCAAGCUUUGGUAGAAUAGUAGGAGAGAUGAUGCAUAUGUGGUUUCCAACAGGAAUGAGAUACGGCGGAAAAGUGGCCCAAAUAAUUCCUGGCGGUUACGCAACUGUUGGUGCGGCUGCUUUUAGCGGAUCUGUCACCCACACCAUUUCAGUAUCUGUGAUAGUUUUUGAAAUGACUGGACAAAUUACUCAUAUUAUACCUAUAAUGAUAGCGGUUUUAACUGGAAAUGCUAUUGCAAGUCUAUUGGCCCCAAGUAUUUACGACAGUAUCAUAUUGAUCAAAAAGUUGCCAUAUCUACCUGAUUUACUACCAAGUAGUAGUGGAAUGUACGAUGUAUAUGUUGAAGACUUCAUGGUGAGGGAUAUAAAAUAUAUUUUCCACGGAAUGUCAUACGAUCAACUCAAAGCAAUACUGAAGGAAAAUAGAAGAUUGCAAAGUUUCCCACUUGUUGACAAACCAGAUAGCAUGGUUUUAUUGGGCUCAAUUCGGCGACUCCAUCUCAUACAACUGAUAGAAAAACAUAUUGGACGAGAAAAAAGACUACAGGCAGCCGCUAUAAGACAAAAGGAAGCCGAAGAGAAAGCUAGAGAAGAAGAAUUGAAGAUAGUUGAAGAACGACAGAGAAGACCGUCGCGAUUCCAAGUUACUCCGGCACCAGAUAUGUUGCAAAAACAGAUUUCUGAAAACGAACUGGACAAGCCCGUGUACAAUCCGGUAUAUGGUACAUUGCCAAAGAAAUCCAUACUUAAGAAAACUAAUUCAGUUACGCUCAGGGGAUUCACGCCAUUUUUAUCCACAAGUCCUAAUGCCACGCCUUAUAGUACUGUUACAGGGGCUGAGAGUAGAAUAAGAUUAGCAUUUGAAGCUAUAUUCAGAAAAUCAUCCCAAUUGCAAGACGUUGAUACUGGCGAUACCCAGUUGUUGAGAACAAAAUCCUUAGAACGAAAACCUCAAAUCAUCCCACUUAGCCCAUCUGGAUCGAAAAAAGUACAAUUGCCAAAAGAACGUGUUUGCGACAUGAGUAUAGAAGACCAAAAAAAAUGGGAGGAUGAACAAAUGUCUCUGCAGGUGGAGUUUAUGUGUCACAUCGACCCAGCACCGUUUCAACUGGUAGAAAGAACAUCUCUCCUGAAAGUCCACUCGUUAUUUUCCAUGGUUGGUGUGAACCAUGCCUAUGUCACUGCCAUAGGCAAACUCGUGGGGGUAGUCGGCUUGAAAGAGCUGAGAAAAGCCAUCGAAGAUGCAAAUAGUGGAAACCUUCCUUCACACGUACCCGAAAACGCCGAUGAUCUCUCGGUGAAUAAUGUGAAAGAUUCUAAAGAGGACGAACCUGAUGCCGCCACCAAACUAAUGAAUGAUUCAGAGGUUUAGUUGUAGGUUUGCGUUGUGAUAUUAAGUUUUUGCUCAAUGAACAAAUACAAACAUUUUCUAUAGUUUGAAGAUCAAGUCAUCCCAGACAUGAAUACAACAGAUACUGCACUGAA